AUGGCAGAUACCCCCGACGAUCACCAACCGGAAGGUGGCCCCACGGGCAUGAAACGCCCACAACAGGGCGUCAAUGAUCUUAUUUAUGCCAUCAAGGAGGGGCAGAAGGAAACCGUCGAGAAUCUCCUACAAACACACAAGGAGCUUUUAAACGCUGAAUUUGAUUACUGCUUAGGAGGUGAAAAACCUCAAACCGAGUCGACCACUCCGCUGUUUCUGGCGAUAAAGCUAAGCCGCCAGAAAGUGAUGUCUAUCCUUGUAGACAAAGGUGCAGAUCCUGAUCUGGCGGUCUCGGAAGCGAAAUAUGUCGAUUUCGACGACGACCUGGUCCAAAGGCUUAAAGUGGCCAUUAUCCGAGAUGACGCGAAAGAUUUACAUGAGAUUCUCGCCACGGAGGCUAAUCAAAGUCUCCUGAAUGGUCGGUUUAAGUACACCGUGGAAGACAGUGAGGGUCAGGUGAUGGGCAUGACACCAUUAAUGCUCGCCGCAGCCUUGGGCAAGGAAGAAAUUACGGAAAUCCUACUAGAAAAGGGGGCGGAUCCCUAUGCAUUUACGAUCAGCGGUGGCUCAACUGCAUGUUCGCUUGCCGCAUACUAUCAUCAUCGCAAUAUUGUCAAAAGUAUCUUGGGUAAGGAAAACGUCACUAAAGAUAUCUUGGAGGUGAAAAAUUUCUUGGGGGCAACCCCUCUUCUUAUCGCAGCCGAGAGAGGAAGCGUUGAAAUUUUUGAGUUCCUGGUGAGAAAAGAAGUGGAAUUGAGUGUCGAGGAUUAUCGUGGAAAUUCAUGGUUACAUCUUGCAGCCGGGGGUCGGAACGAACAUGUUUGUUCAGACAAGCCGGGGCAGGGUUAUUUGAAGAUGAUUGACUCCAAUAUUCGCAAAGAUGAUUUUAAACUACUGGAAAGAAAAAACCGCGACCAGGAGACAGCCCUCAUUCUUGCUGCCACCCAUGACAAAGCCGAUAUCAUCAAUCUUCUUCUUGCAAAAGGCGCGAAUAUCGAGAGUGCAGACAGAUGGGGCUACACGCCUCUACUCAACGCAGCUGCAUUCAAUGGCAAUCGUGCCAUUCUGGUUCUUUUGAAAGAUGCAAACAUAACGGCACGAUCAUUCUUUGGGCAGAAUGUGCUACAUGUUGCUUGCGUGGAAGGCUCCGAUGAAAUCGUGGAAAGUAUUCUUGAGCAGGAACCUAGGCACAUAAUCGGUCUUAUUCGCUCCAAAGACCUUUCAAAUGAGACUCCUUUGCAGGCGGCAAUUUCCAGUGAUAAUCCUUCUAUCGUAUUCAAAUUGCUAAACUCGAAUUAUUAUAUGCCGGUCGACCCUCUGCAGGGUGAAACACAUUUCUCUCUCUUUGACGAACAAGCCUCAGUGAGCGACUACCUUUUGAAGCGAGGAUCAGAUAUUCUGAAUCAUAUUACCCCUGUCUUUUACUGGGCAUUGCUGAAUGGGAACAAGGACCUGAUUGAUGUCGUCAUGAAACAGGAGAAGCUUCCAGAGUUACAGAAUCGCCAAGGUAUCACAUGGCUUCAUGUAAUUGCGCUCAGUAGUGCCACUGAGGUAUCUACAUGGGACACUGAAAAGCUCAAUUUGAGCGACGAUAUUCUAGCCAUGUCCAGCAGUGGAAAGACACCAUUGCAUUUUGCAGCGGAGAAGGGGAAUUUCAGGCUGGUGCCAUAUCUUCUACGGCUUCUUCUUCAGCUUGUCGGAAAUAAUGAAAGGAAGAAGGAAGACAAUAACGAGGUUUUUCACCUUAUACUUGGGGAAGGAAAAAGGCCUACGGGCCUGAUAUCAUUGAUCGUCGAUAAAACGAAUAUGGGCGCCUUCGAAGAAGAGCUUUGGAAAAUACUACGUCGCAUAGUCAAUCAUGGCUCAGGGUUUGACAAUCACUCAGAGCGUGCUGAGCUUGUCAUGGGAGCUGCAUUUUGGAGGUUUACGACUGGGGAAGAGAAAGCCUUCAAUGAUCUGAGGAAGCAGAUCGAAGGGGAAGAAGCAAACAUGCAGCCGCUCGAAUUCGCCAUCAAACACAAAUACCCAUUGGCACUUUGGUGGCUUCUAUCCAGCGGCGAAUACUUUGGAGAAAUCCACAUUAAGAAGGGGGAAGACUUUGCAGAUAAUUAUUACGAAAAGCAGGCAGACAGAGCGAAAGGUUCCCGUGAAGAAGUGAUUUCAAAUCUUUUGAGCAAUCCUCCUCCGCUGCGUCGACCAACGGAUGGCAAACUUCCUCCACAGUUCAUGUACGAUGAGCACAGUAUUGCCAAGGAUGAACACCACGGAACAGUUGUCGAUGUUGCUUUUACAACGAAAUCCGGAAUCACGAUGAACGUCAAGCGUGCCCCAAUCGCCGAUAUCAUAUAUCAGAAAGGGCCUAAAGCCAUAAUGAGCGAAGUCGGGAUCAGCGAUCCUCAACAAAUAUUUGACAUCAUCUAUAUGGAAAGAUCUAAAUAUGCAAAGAAACCAUUCGUUCCAGACAACAAAAAUGCACAAAUAACACCCAAAGAGCUUGAGCAGCAAAGAAGCAGCAAACUAGAGCAAGCAGAACCGUCAGAGUCAAAGGAGGCCGAUGAAACCACGAAGAAAAUUGAAUUUCGAUGGAUUCAUUUGCCAACAAACAAUGAGCUGAUGAUCCGAGUUUCCAAAGAAAGAGGUGAAAGCAAGGAGAUGCCCUAUAUUUGCUGGGCAAAGGAGCCAGAUCAAAUCCCGGAUGAAGGAAAUCCCGAUGCUGUCUUCUUGUCUUCUUCGGAUCCAGUAUCUCACGAAAUUUCACACAGCUGCCUUACCCUCGACCAGUACUAUUAUGAGUCACUUGAUUAUACAAACAACAGAGAUCGCGAUCAAGUUCUUGGGCGAUUGUUUAGGCAAACUGCAGAAAAGACAAGCAAGGAUAAGACUACACAAAAUAUAACCAUCUUAAAAAAAAAGAAAAAAUCGAUUAAUGGUAAGACAAAGAUCCAAGAGGACCUGGCGCGAAUGAAGACCAUAUCUCCUGUUGUCACCCAAAGCCCUGUGGAAGAGAGUCACUUUGAUAGGGGUGGCGAGGCUCAGCAUGAAAUAUCAGAAGCCGACACGGCUCAACUUGAAGUCCAACAGCGACCACAGAACAACCAAAGAAAUCCACUAGCCGAAGCUCAACACGAAACACAACAUGUCAAGACACCUCAUCCUGCUGUUCCACCAGAGCCGCGAGGGGGUCAAAAAACCGAUGGAGUGAUUGGAACUGCAAAAAGCUCGAUGCCCGAUAAAAAGUCCGCAAGUCAGGGAGAAGAGAUGGGAGAAACCCAAAUCCUAGUUGUGAAUCAAUUGUGGAUAUGGAUUAUCUACGACGGUACAAUCAUCACCAGUGUGACUAAAGAGGUUGAAGAUAGUGAUAAUACCUUUUUGCAACGAGUCCUUGACAAUAUUUAUCAAGCUGAUUUCGAGACUGUCGAUCAAGGCAAGAGCACACGCCAGACCAAUGACCAAGGCCAAAGCACCCAAAUGCUUCAAAAUCAAAUUUUACAAGUAAUAUUAGACACCGCCCAAGGCAUGUUCAAUGCGCGGGAUAUCAAAGUUUCUGCAAAUAUCAAGGUUUCACCGUUGGAUGCCUAUCGGAAGGCCAUUCAAAGGAUGCGCGACGGCGAGAUCAACCUCUUUUCUGAGUUUCAAAGUUCUCUUGAUCACAAGAAAAAGGACCCCAGCCCCCCAGAACCGACAGAAUACUUCGGAGAUUCGAGAAAUUCGAAGAAAGAGGACAAAGAGGACAAAGAGGACAAACCAGAGAACCCAUACGAAAACAUAUACGAUGAGACGGAACUGUUGAAGGAGAUCAAGGACAUUUUGGAUGAGCUGAACAUCUUGAAAACUCUGGCGCUCGAUCAGGACCACGUCAACAGUCUCCUGAAGCACACCAGAUUGAAGGGUAGAAGUCAGACCCCGGCAUUUUCCUUGGGAGAAUUCAGCUCAGAGAUUGAAAGCAUGGCCCAAGAUGCCCAAAACCUUCAGAGCGACAUCAACACUCUAUUGAGUUUGAAACAACAAAAAGCUGGCAUUGUGGAGGCUCAGGCGACUCGGAGACAAAGUGAUACUGUCAUGACAUUUACAGUAGUGACCAUAAUUUUUCUACCUGCUUCUUUUUUGACUAGUCUGUUUGCAUUGGACAUUUCAGAUUUCCCCCACGAAAACGGAAGCGUCGCAUACAAAGGGUGGUGGAUAUUUCCAAUUAUAUUUGGUGUUUCUUUUCUUGUUUCAGCAUUCUUCGUGGCCCUUGCCUUCAACGCGAACCUGCUCAAGCAUAAUCUUCCUGCCUAUGGACCGAAUUUCUUCCAUCAAUCUGAGGAGACGGACAUCGGCAAGGAAGUGGAAGAUAGCAAGAGCAUGGUUAAUGAAGUUUCUCCUCCGCUCCAUGCUACUUCUAGUCCUGAGAAACCGGUGUUGAGAGUGAACAAAAUAUCCUGGCACAGAAGGGGCCUUACUAGACCACCGGAUCCAGAAGGACAGCAAGUUCCUGGCGGAUCUGAAAUAGUAGAGGUGGAGAGGAACGCAGUCGGGUGA